UUAAAGUAUACAAGGGAAUUUGCAGAUAAUUUUCCCGCGGUCUUCUUCUUCUUCUUCACAGUGUGAUUCCACUUAACCUUCUGAUCGAUGCCUCCUAAAUCAGAUAGCAGUGAAGGAAUUGUGCUCAACUUCGUGAACGAGCAAAACAGACCUUUGAAUGCUCAAAGUGUGGCCGACUGUCUGCAAAAGUUUAACCUUAAGAAAACUGCAGUACAGAAGGCACUGGACAGUCUUGCUGACAGUGGAAAAAUAUCAUUCAAGGAGUAUGGCAAACAAAAGAUAUAUAUUGCUCGGCAAGAUCAGUUUGAUAUUCCAGACACUGAAGAGCUUAAUCGAAUGAAGGAAGAAAAUGCCAAGCUGCAAGAGAUGCUGGGUGAACAAAGGAGAGAAAUCAGUGAGGUUGAGGGAGAAAUUAAAGCUUUGCAAUCAAAUUUGACACUGGAAGAGAUACGUGCUAGGGAAACCAACCAAAGAAACGAGGCUGAGGAGAUGGAAAAGAAAUUGACUAAAUUGAGGGAAGGAGUCACCCUAGUGAGCCCAGAAGAGAGAAAAGCUGUGGAGGAAUUGUAUACUGAAACACUAAAUCAGUGGAGAAGGCGUAAGAGAAUGUUCAAAGAUGUCUGGGAUGCUAUUACUGAGAACUCACCCAAGGAUAUCAAGGAAUUUAAGGAGGAACUUGGAAUCGAGUAUGAUGAAGAUGUUGGUGUCAGUUUGCAGUCUUUUGCUGAUCUAAUGCAACAAGGAAAGAAGCGUUCUAGGGGCCAGUAAGUGCUUUUUUCGCCCAGAGGUUAUUGGAGCUUAUAUAUUCCAAAAGCAGCAGUUCCAGAUAAUAAAAACAGAAAAGACUUUGAAAGCUAAAACAAAGAGGCAAAAGUUCUUUGCUAAUUAAGAACUAUUUUGAAUAUCCUCCAGCUAGGUCAAACAAGCAUUAAUUAUAAUUGUAGCUUGCAGUUUUUUAGAAUUCUAUGGGGCAUAUUGUUGUCUGAUAGAGUGAUAGAUAAUGUGGGAUUGUUUAUGGCUAAAAGAUACUGUGAGGUUGUCAAGCAUGUUA